ACCUACCUACCUCCUACCUUCUCAUCUACAAUCUAUCUAUCCAGUCAUCCUACUUACCCAUCACCUGAAAUUUCUGAAAAUCCACCCUACCUACCUAUCUUGCCACCCUACCUACCUAUCUUGCCACCCUACCUACCUAUCUUGCCACCCUACCUACCUGUCUUGCCACCCUACCUACCUGUCUUGCCACCCUACCUACCUAUCUUGCCACCCUACCUACCUAUCUUGCCACCCUACCUACAGAUCACCUGAAAGUUCUAUUCAGCCAUCCUAGCUUCCUAUAAUCUAUCUAGCCAUGCUUCCUGUCGAUCAUAUGUCUAUCUAGCCAUCCUACCUACCAUAUAUCUGGACAGGACUGUUUAGCAAAUCAUUUCUGACACUACCUGUCAACAGUGGUAUAGAAAUUGUAAACCAAGCCAACACGAGUUGUCUCCACAGUGACCUGCUUUUGCCCCAGGAUAAGUGUCAAUCAGUGUUGCUUCAAGAACACCUCGGCGAAGAAGUGCUUGAAUCUCCGCCAACGUCACUUGUUUUUUGCUGGCAUUUUUUGGAAGCAGGAAUCACAUCGUAAGCAUCAAGAUGCUCCAGCGCAGUGUUGGUGCCAUACAGCACCAACUCUCAUGUUCGGUGAGGAAGUUAUGCCCCGAGCACCAGCAUCCCAGCCUCUUCGUCCUCCCACCGACCAUAACCCACAGCAGAGCUACUCUCUCUACAAACAAAUACUCAUGUCCUCGUGUUUCUUCACCAGUGUGGGAUGUUUAUUGUCGCAACACUUACCGUUCAUAUUGUGGACUAUUUUCAUAUGGAUUGCGAGAAUAUUCGGUUUUUGACGAGUUUACAGACUAUGAACACGAGAAGAAGACUUUUAAGCUUGAUGUUCCCGAAUAUUACAACUUUGCCAGAGAUGUUAUAGACAAGUGGGCUGAUGCAGAACAGACAGGAGAACGAGACGGAACUGUCCCUGGGUUCUGGUGGGCCCAUGAGGAUGGACAGCAGGUGAAGUGGACAUACCAGGACCUGGCCAGCAAGUCAAACAGGACAGCAAAUAUCUUAAAAGGCCCAUGUGGCUUGCAGCCAGGAGAUCGUGCCAUUAUAAUGCUACCCAAGAUUCCACAGUGGUGGCUUUUCAAUGUUGGGGCUAUUCGCUCUGGAGUUGUACUGAGUCCAGGGACGAUGAUGCUGCGCAGCAGCGAUCUCUCCCAUCGCCUGCAGGCGUCACAGGCAACAUGCAUCAUUGCAGACGACUCAACUGCUGAUGUGGUGGACCAGGUGGCAGGUCAGUGUCCAAAUCUCAGAAUCAGACUUCUUGUCAAUUCCAAGUCAUCAAGAAAUGGUUGGUUAAAUUUUGAGGAAUUGUUUGAAUCUGCGUCGGAGAAGUUUGAGUGUGUGAAUACAAAAGGCAGUGACCCAAUGACACUGUUCUUCACAAGUGGAACAACAGGGGCCCCCAAGAUGACGGAACACACUCAUGUCAGUUACGGCCUCGGUCAUAGUAUCACAGCCAGAUACUUCCUUCAUCUCACCCAGAAAUCAGUGUUCUGGAACAUGUCGGACACAGGCUGGGCCAAGUCGGCAUGGUCGAGUGUGUUUUCUCCGUGGAUCAGUGGAUCCUGUGUCUUUGUCUACAACAACCCAAGGUUUGAUCCUCAGGAGACAAUCAAGGUCUUAGCUGAUUUUCCCAUCACUCAUUUCUGCUCAGCUGCAACAGCCUUCCGCAGCAUGAUCAAACACGACCUGUCACAACAUCACUUUCCACAUCUACGCCAUUGUGUGAGUGCCGGGGAACCAGUGAAUCCUGAAGUGAUUGAGGAAUGGAGGAAUGGUACUGGUUUGACUCUCUAUGAGGGCUACGGACAGACAGAAACAACGUUUCUGUGUGGGUCAUAUCCUUGUAUUGAGGUGAAGCCAGGCUCCAUGGGGAAGGCCUCCCCAGGGAUAGAUGUACAGGUUGUUGAUGACAGUGGUGCCAUUUUACCAAGAGGGAAGGAAGGAAACAUUGGCGUUCAAUACAAACCACACAGACCAAUUGGACUCUUUUCAAAAUAUGUGGGAGACCCGGAGAAGACAGCAGCAGUGUUCCGUGGGGAUUUCUACCUGACAGGGGACCGGGCAUACAUGGACGAUGAGGACUACAUCUACUUUGUUGGGAGAGCAGAUGAUGUCAUCCUGUCAUCAGGAUAUCGCAUAGGACCAUUUGAAGUGGAGAGUGCUCUGUUGGAACAUCCCGCAGUCCUGGAAUCGGCCGUUGUCAGCAGUCCUGAUGACUUGAGAGGGGAGGUUGUAAAAGCAUUUGUGGUACUGACUUCGAAAUACAGAGGCAAGGACAUGGAGAAGCUGGGACGAGAGCUGCAGGAUCAUGUCAAACAGUCCACAGCUCCAUAUAAGUACCCUAGGAAGAUUGAGUUUGUUGAGGAGCUACCGAAGACUGUGAGUGGCAAGAUCCGCAGAAUAGAGCUGAGAAAUAAGGAAUGGGGAAGAUAAUACCAGUAACACAGUGGCAGCAGUUUCAAUGAAUUCAAUCUAUACUCAGAAACCACUAUAGAAGAACAGAGCUGAAAUAAAAUAUAUAUAUAUAACUCCUCACAGCGACAGCCCGUUCGCGGUGCUCUCUAUACUAUUGCUGCCACCAGUCAAAGCUCCCCACUGUGAUAUGUGGCCACAACCAUACUCGGAGUUGAAUUUGCAACUGACUGAUUAUUAUGUUGACAAACAAGUGAUGACUGCCGUGAUGCCGAAUACUCUUACCCCAGCUGAAUUAUUUUCUUUGUUUGUCAGUUUGAAUUUCUAUUUCAUUUCAACUACAAAUGUAUCAUGUAAUUGGUGUAGUAAGAAUUUAAGGGGGGAGUUGGGCAAUUUUCCGUUAGUCUGCAAUCUCGGACCAAUCUGAUUAUACAAACAGCAAGGUAAAUUCAUCUAGGAAAUCUGGUCAGUUGUAAAGCUUGUCAAAAUUCACUAUGAUGGCAUUCCUAAAGACAUAAACAAAAAUAUAAACAUGACUACAUUUGGGACAGAUUUCAAUAUUUUUUAAAUGUCUGCUUUCACGCUGACAGCAGCAAUGUUACCAAGAGUGUAACAAAGGUGUCACAUGCUCGGAAUUAGCUUGAGGCAAUGUCUUGCCAGGAUUCUUGCUCGCACACAACAAAUAGUAAGAAAUGAUGAAAUCACUUAAAUAUACAUUUGUCAUGUUCCUGUUACAGGAGGUGACUUCGUCAGUUCCUGUUCUAACUAUAGCAUAUUGCCAUCUCACAAACUGACGAUUCAAGUAAUUUCUGUGUGGCAGCAGCGAUGACAUCUUAGGUGUUGGUGAAUUGUUUCAGCCUUAUUGAAAGCAGUGUGAUCUCCAACUAGCUUAUUUACUGGGAUCCAAGGAGUUGAAUCAGUCUGGGCACAUGAGGCUCACAUGUCUUCUAUAUUCCAGACAUUUCUGGAGUAUUAACACCAUCUAACUGAAGAAGCUUAACAAGUACAAAUACAUGGAGAUGCUCAAACCUAUUACUAAUGCUCAUUAUUUAUUUUGUGAUAGUUAUUCAAAUUAUUCCUAAAAUACAUGUACCUAAUUUGGACUUUAAUGACCUUACAUUUCUGCCUUGAAAUAUUUACAUCACAGUUUCAUGUUUUUAUGAAGAUGAUAUAUUUUAUUAGAUGAGUUAUGAUCUUCCUCAACUUUAAAACAAUUGUUGUGAAUAUGAUAUGUUGGUCAUGGGGGUACAUGCACUUGGAUGCGUCGAGGGAUGCAUAAAAAAACAUGUACCCCUCUUGAUACUGCUACAACUUCUUAUGUAUUAGUUCCAUGCUGCUACACACUUGUCACACUGUUUAAAACAUUUAUAUUAUAGCAUCAAGAAUGAGAGACAUAAAGAACCUGUUUCAUGAACCUGAAUCUCACCUGGGAAUUGCCAGACUGUGGUUAGAUUUACGGUAUCAUAGUCUAAAUUUCUUUGAAGAUGAGAUUGUUGUUUUAAUCGAAAGGAACAGCUGGAUAUGUCCUUACCUCAACCAAACGCACGAGCAAGUUCUUUCGAAUUUUUGUGAAUCCAAAAUGUGAUAAUGUUUGCGAGUUUGCCUCAUCCUAAUCUAAACCACAAUGAUAUUAAGGAUGAUGUUGAAAUUGGCAUUAAAAGGAAAAUAGUUAAAUUCUGAAAUAAGUAACAUAUAAUCUUUUGUGUUCCAUCAACCUAGGAGAUAUUUUUAUUUUGUAAGAGAAAUAUUUGAAACCAAUAACGUUUGUUAAAAAUAACAUUCUCAAUUAUCCAACCUUUUAUCAUAUCUCCAUUCUGUUAUGAUAAACGGAUUGAAGAUACAUGCUGGAUAAUUGAGGAUGUUUCAACAGCAGUUAAUGUUGUUUAGGAUACACAAUAUCUGUAGCAGUAGAAUUUGUAUAUGAUUAUGUAGCCAGUCAUUGAUUAAAUGUUUUGUACAUGUUGUUUU